AUAUCCUUGAAUUUUCCAUCAAUUUGCAUGACAAACUUCUAGCAUCAAUCAAAAUUUUCAUUCGACGUCCUCUCACUCAUUCUAUGACAUCCGUUCCUAAAUAAAUGAUUGUCCUCUCUGACUCAAAAAUAGAACAGAAAAAAAAAACCAGCAUCACAUAUGUGGUCACAAUAAAUGGCAAUAAAUUACACAUUCAACGUGUCCAUGCCUGGGGCGGAAAAUCCUUGUGGAAAAUUAGUCUGAUUUAUUGCGCUGCUGGCAGCGUAAAGGCAUAUAAUCGGCGAGCAGCGGCGGCGAUGACGAACAAGAGAAGAGCAAUAAUAUUUGUCUUCAUCAUUCUUCUGACAAUGGGCGCACAUUUUCGUCUACCAAAUGCAAACAACAACGCCUCAAGGGGUGUCAGCGCCGAAGGGGUGUUGAAUUGCAAAAAAAGAAAUUACACAAACAACAUCAAAUCCAAUCGAUCAACAAGCAACCCCUUUCUUUUCGACUCAUUCGAGUAUUGUUUGGUUUUAUUUUUGAAAAAUUGUAUCAAAUCAAUCACAAGGACCAACCCUCAUAACUCAUGUCAGAUAACGUUACAGAAGACGAAUCGGUUAAAGUUAAAGGGUUAUACCUAGGGGGAGAGAACGAAAAACACACAGAAUGACGGGAGACACCAACGAAGAACAAACACCACCAGCCUCAAACCGAAAAACAAGGAUAAAUUAGAAAUAAUAAUGGUAAAUAAUAACGUAAUUGACAAGGAUAUUUGACAGAUAUACAUUUCGUGAUAAGGGAUCGUUGACAAGGUGUUUGUCAUUAAAAUUCAACAAAAAAAAAGAACCGAACAUGUGCGGAAAAGGGAUUUGCAUAAAUUUUCUUCUAUUUCAUUUGGUUUUUACACAAAAUUUACGAUUUGGAA